CUCCAAAUCAGCCCAGAAAAAGCAUAACUGAGUGGGUUUUAGAAAAAGCUCAACAAAAUAAUACUUUAUCAGCUUAUCUUAAACAUUCCCAAAUGACUAAUAUUCAAAUUUUAGAUAUAACAGAAGAAUAUAUGGAUGUGGUAGCUGAUUUUCAAAAAGAUGAUUCAAAGAUAGAGUUAGAAAAUCGAUUUAUGGUAUUGUUAAGAGUACCUUUUAAUGAAAGAUGA